AUGCUGUUGCGGUUGUUCGAUGUGACGGAUUCGCCGGGGAACCUAAAAACGAUUUUCUCCGCUCACAUCUCUAACGGGCAAUCUCUCUCGGUCGACCGAUACAAGCUGUUGCUCGUGAAAGCGCCGGAUCUGUGCAAGGUGCGGUACUUGGCGGCGUCGAAUCCGCUGUACCCGAAUUAUGGGCUACUUGAAGCGGCGGGAACAACAGCUGGAGCUGCAUCAUCAAAUCAGGCCUUGAUUGCAAAUUAUGGGGCUGCCGGGACCUCGAAUAAACUAUCCCAGCCACCUAUCAAGUGUAAAAAUGUCUGGGUCUGGAAGAAUUCAUGUUUUUCAUGCUUGUCUGGCAUGACUCUUAAAUCUGUCAUGCACGUUACACAAGCGCUCCAUUUUUCUGUCAUGCAGGAACGCAGUUUGUGAUUGUGUUUGUCAUGCAGAAUAGGCAACACCUAGCCCUAGGAGCUCAGAAACUUGUCAUGCUGAGCCAGCAUUUGUAGCCUCAUCAUGAGACGCCACCCAGCAUCACAAGUUUCCAGACCCAGACAUUUUUACCUUUGACACCACCUUUGAAGCGGACCCGGUCUGCGAACGCGACGGCGCAGAAUCACGCGGAGAAUUUUGCGUGGCAGACCGUGAUAUGGAAUGCAAAUAUGUCUGGGUCUGGAAGAUUCCGAGAUUUGCCAUGCUGAUCUGGUAUGACUCUGAAAUCUGUAUUGCGUGGCCACGAAGAGCUCCUGUUGCCUGUCAUGCAAAAAUGCAGUUUCUCAUACGGAGUACGCAACGCAGAACCACGGAAAAACUUGUCAUGCUGGGCUGCGCAUUGCAGUGUGCUCACUAUAAUCUUUCUUGCAUCACAAAUUUCCAGACCCAGACAUAUUUGCACUUGAUACGUGAAUCCGGUGACCUUCCAGGUGGAGCCGACCCGGGUGAUGUUUUUCGCGAGCAACGUGGACCAAGUGAUCGAGGAACAGACCGC